CGCACGUUUGCUUGCGUUGAGUUGUUUUAAUACAAUGAUUGCAUUCUCUUCACCUGAUUCAUACAAUGAUACAUCACUCUUCAUAUAAUAUAUUUUGUAAUCAAAUAUGAAAACAUUUUAAGUUAAAUGAAGGCUUUUAUUUUGAAGUAUGAAGGUUCCGCAUGCAACCUACAUUCUACGGCUAGAUACUAGAAGUUUCGAACAAGAAAAUUAAAAAUGUUGCACAUUUUUUUCAAGACUACAGUCAUUGGAGUUUUGCAAUAAGCUCUGAUAAACGCAUUGCGUUACAAUUCAGUGGUUUGCCAGAGGGAAGUGCUAGCUGCAUUAAUUCGUGAAGCAGAGGUGACUGACGGUUGUGUUGAGGGGUGGGACAGUCAAAGUUUCGACAGGACGCCGCCUGUUUAGAGGCGAAUAUCUGAACGAAGAGUUCUCGUGUCUUUUCUUCCUGAAAAGGGCGAAUCGUAACGGCCAUCAUGUUCACUUGGACUAAAAAAGAAGGUAAAAAGGACCCCGAACUUUUCCAAAACGUGUCGGAGGGACUGAAGCGCCUCUACCGCAACAAACUCUUCCCGUUGGAGGACACGUAUCAUUUUCACGACUUCCAUUCACCGGCUUUAGAAGAUGCUGAUUUUGACAACAAGCCCAUGGUGCUGUUGGUGGGUCAGUACUCUACCGGGAAGACCACCUUUAUUAGGCAUUUAAUGGAGCAGGAUUUCCCCGGUAUGAGAAUAGGCCCUGAACCGACGACGGAUUCCUUCAUAGCAGUAAUGCACGGCGAACAGGAAGGAAUGAUACCUGGUAAUGCGUUGGUCGUUGAUCCAAAAAAGCCUUUCAGAAAACUCAAUGCUUUUGGAAACGCUUUCCUGAAUAGGUUCAUGUGUGCUCAGUUAAACAACCCUGUUCUGGAAAGCAUCAGUAUCAUCGAUACUCCAGGCAUCCUGUCAGGGGAGAAACAGAGGAUAAGCAGAGGCUAUGACUUUGCAGCGGUUCUCGAGUGGUUUGCAGAACGAGUGGACAGAAUCAUUCUUCUCUUUGAUGCCCACAAGCUGGACAUUUCUGAUGAGUUCUCCGAGGUCAUCAAAGCCCUGAAGAACCACGAGGACAAGAUGCGCGUGGUUCUGAAUAAAGCGGACCAGAUCAGCACCCAGCAGCUGAUGAGGGUAUAUGGUGCCCUCAUGUGGUCACUGGGAAAGAUCAUCAACACCCCUGAGGUAGUCCGAGUGUAUAUCGGGUCAUUUUGGGCUCAGCCGCUUAUGAUUGCGGACAACAGGAAGCUGUUUGAAGCAGAGGAGCAGGAUCUGUUUCGAGAUAUUCAAAGUCUUCCACGGAAUGCUGCCCUGCGGAAACUCAAUGAUUUGAUCAAAAGAGCUCGUCUCGCUAAGGUUCAGGCUUACAUCAUCAGCUCUUUAAAGAAAGAGAUGCCAAGUGUGUUUGGGAAAGACACAAAGAAGAAAGAGCUUAUUAAUAAUCUGGGCGCUAUAUAUGAAAAGAUUCAAAAAGAGCACAACAUUUCACCUGGAGACUUUCCCAACCUAAAGAAAAUGCAGGACUUGCUGGCUGUUCAAGACUUCACAAAAUUUCCCGCCUUGAAACCAAAGUUGCUGGACUCAGUGGAAGACAUGCUGGGUAAUGACAUCGCUAAGCUCAUGACGCUGGUCCGAAAGGAGGAGGCCGCCAUGCCCACCCAGUCAGUAAAGGGUGGUGCCUUUGAGGGAACCAUGAAUGGGCCGUUUGGCCACGGAUAUGGAGAAGGUGCAGGCGAGGGCAUUGAUGAGCUGGAAUGGAUCGUGGCCCGUGAUAAGCCAACGUAUGAUGAAAUAUUCUACACCCUUUCUCCAGUUAAUGGGAAGGUGUCAGGUGCCACAGCUAAGAAAGAGCUGGUGAAGUCCAAACUUCCAAACACAGUGCUUGGAAAGAUUUGGAGCCUGGCAGACGUGGACAAAGAUGGUUUCCUAGAUGAUGAGGAGUUUGCGCUUGCAAAUCACCUGAUCAAGGUAAAGCUGGAAGGACACGAGCUUCCGGCCAAACUGCCUCCUCACCUUGUGCCACCUUCCAAACGGCAAGAGCUAAAUUGAGAUGCUGGCUUAAGCUGAUAAGAUCUCUAUCACUCCCAAAGUACCCAAGCCAUUAUUGACCAGUCGGAUAACUCACUAGUCUUUAGGAGAACCUCUGUCUUUCGUUAGAACUGUUAUUUUUGUAGAAGGGUUAAAAUUGAAUGUUCUACGAUAGGAAUGACUGAUGAUGAAUAAGACGAAACAAAAAGCUGUUUAGAAAUGGAUAAACCACUUUGAGCAAUAGAAAGCAUUUACAAAACUUCAUGGUACUGGUGAGAAUUGGAGUAUUUGUUGUGGAGAAGCAGUAUGAAUUGAAUGAGAAAGUUGCUCUUUAAAACAAAACGAAAAUGUGAAAAAUAUUCCAAAUAUGGUACAAAAAGGAUUGCUAUUUUUGCUAAUUUUCCAUAACUUAUUCAUUUCCUUCAGAGUUAUUUUUAUCUGUGUUUUGUAUCUAUUUCGAAAUGUGAAUAUUGAAUGUUUUCUUUUGAUUUAAUUCCUCCUAACAAUAUAUAAAGUUGUGUAUUCGUAUAUAUAUAUAUAU